AUGGGUUCUUUCAAGGGUCAUGCUUUACCAGGAACGUUGUUUUUAUUGGUUGGUGUGUGGCAUAUAUGGAGCUCUUUGGUUAGAUAUGCAUCGAAUCCAAAGUCAUUUCGUGUCCGGGUUUGGAACCCUGUGCCUGGGUUUGAUGGGAAGCUUGAGUACUUAGAGCUUUAUCUUGUGGCGGGUGGUGCUUUUAUUGAUAUGUGUAUUGAGCUUUUGUACUCUACACACCUCAAGUUUUUUGUCAAUGGAGUCUUGAAUCCUCAUCAUAUGAAUGAUUUCGAGCACGGUGGAAUGCUUCUCAUGUUCUUUAUUUUCGGGGUCGUCGGUUUGCUAUCAGAGAAAACAAGAUUUCUACCCUUGCCAGAAGGAGCCCUCUGUUUGCUUGCUGCAGCAGCAUUUUCUGCAGAGUAUCUACUGUUUUACUUUCACUCAACAACCCAUAAAGGUCUUGAAGGGUACUACCAUCUCCUCCUUGUCCUCCUGAUUGGCCUCUGUGUUUUAUCCAUUGUCAUGGGGGCUCUUCUCCCAACCAGCUUUCCUGUUAAUUUAUCUAGUGGCAUUGCUAUAACUCUCCAAGGCCUCUGGUUUUAUCAGACUGCCUUCAGUCUCUAUGGUCCCAUGAUGCCAGAUGGAUGUCAGCUUAAGGGUAAUCAGAUUGUGUGUCGAUCAUCGGACAGUCAGGUUCGAGGUGAGCUGCUUGCAAACUUUCAGCUCUUUUCCAUGGUCUUUGGUGUCCUAGUUGCAGUUGCGGCCGCAUAUGGUUUUGCAGCUUCAAGAUACGGGCAUUCUAAUCUUAAUGGCUUGCAUGUUCAUCAAGAUGGAUUAGACUGA